AUGAUCACCUUUGGUUGGGAACUCGAGCUGAUUGUACACUUACAGGAAGGAGAAUCUGAUUCGGCCGGACUGCAAACCGUUAGGUUACGUGAGUUGGCAUUGAGUCUUAAACGCCAAGCCCCAGGUUUACCCAUAGCCGCUGAAUGCGCUCAUCACGAAACUUCAACCUGUUGCAUCUGUAAGGAUGCUCCUCCUGAAUUUUGCAGCUUCGCUUUGCGAGUCUUUACUCCGGCUACGCCUCUAUUCACGCCCGAGAGCAACUCAGAGAAUCUAUAUUUCCACGUCAAACGAGAAAUGCUCAGUGUUCCAGAAAACAAAUUCGGUAAGAGGAUAGCUCAUGACUUUGAGAUUACUUCACCCAUUCUAGACAAUGAAGAGUUCAAAUCUGGAUUUUCGAAGACAUGGCAAAUCCUCUCAGCUCUCCGAAAUUCCGAUCUCAGCAUUUCAACACAUAAAAGGUGCGGCCUUCACAUUCAUGUAGGUGUCAAAACCGGUAUGACUUUGAGUAUCGCCAAGAAAGCAGUGACGUUGGUCAUGCUACUCGAGCAACCCCUUUUUGCAGCAUUUUCUUCCACUGCUCGUGCCGAAGAUCCUACCUGGUUUAACUAUAUAGGCGAUAAGUCCUGCUUUGCAAUCGAUGCCGAAGACGCCGUUAGACAUUGCUAUUCGAUCACAAAAGAUAAUACAGCUGCAGACUUACUCAAACACUUGCCGAUCCUUCCAUCGCAAAUAAAACCGGCCGUGUGGAACCACUACAGCGCUUAUAAGUGGUACCUUACUUUGGACUAUAUCUGGAAGAUACCAAAUACAUGGAGGCUCUUUACCGGACUACUUACAGAUAUAGGCCGAAAGACUAGCUUGGCGAUAUGCACCCGCACAAAAGAUGGAAAGUCUGUAGGCGAGUGGGAUGUUUAUGGCUGUGAUGGUACGGACAGACUGGAAAGAUCACAAACAACAAUCGAAUUUAGGUACCCACCAAUGAGUUUCGACACCGAGUUUAUCAAGAACUGGGUCGAGAUCUCGUGCCGAAUUGUAGCGAUUGCUACACACGACACUCCGUUUUUUAGCCAAGUGGCUGCUGGUUUACUUCAUGAAUUGCAAAGGGAUGAGAAACUGUCUGACUUGCCCAAAUGGGCACGACUUCUUAUUGCUCUGGGAUUGGGUCAUCAGAUUAAUUUUUGGACGCAGCAGUUGCGGCGUUUUGAAGCUGGUGAGACCAUCCGCUUUCUUGAUUCAGACGGUUUCGUGCUGCCGAGUAUUAGCAGGAAAUGA